AUGAUGAUGCAACAGCACAUGCUCGGACCGUCGACUUCAUUAGGUGGUAAUAAUAAUUCUGCUCUCCAAUCAUCCGUCCUGUCAGACGGUGUCCUUCUGUCUCAUUCUCAACCUACACGAGAAGAGAUAAAGAAAAGUUUCGUGGCCGCAGACGGCGUCUAUCGAAUAGUUCAAUCGGCGGAAUUAUCGCGCCCUCGACCUCUUCCUCACUACCAAAUGGCGCCCGGACUCGGUGCGGCCGCUAAUCAGAUUGCAGUCGCAGGCUCGACAGUUCGCGUCAGUUUCCUCAACGCGGCGACGAAUUCGGCUGGUACGCCUGACACUGCAGCGGGUAGCUCCUCCUUCUAUGAAACACACAAAAAAGAACUGAACGGAUCUCCAACGCGACUAGAGGACAACGAGGACGCUGCGGACAUCAUUUGCUUCAAUGUCGGGAAGGAACUAUACGUCUACGGGUACAGAGGCACUCAAACCGAUACGGAUCUGUCUCGUCCUAUCGAUAAGCGAGUAUACAAGGGUACCUCACCAACGUAUCACAUAUUCAACCAGGAGACAGCUGGAACAGGCAGUUGCCAAUUGGUGAUUGGAUUCACGUUGGGUCAGCUACAAAUCAUCGACCCACUGGAUAAAACGACACCUGUUCCAACUAGUAAACUGUACAACGAGGAUCGUUAUAUCGACAAAACCUCUGUCACGUGUAUCCGUUUUCUCCCGGGAGAUUCAAAUAUAUUCCUAGCUUCUCAUGUAUCUGGAAAUUUGUAUGUUUAUGAUGAACGAGUAUCUGCAAGUAGCAGUAGUAGCAACGGUAGCUCACAGCCACCGCCAUGGAUUGUACAAAAUGAAGGAGAAAAGUACACAACAUACGGUUGGAAAUCAAAAAAUCCUCGAAAUCCCGUGACGAGGUGGCAAAUCGGUGAAGGGUCAAUUCAUCAGUUCAACUUUUCUGGUCCAGAUGCAAAAAUGAUGGCAACUGUUUCUCAUGACGGGUUUCUUCGCGUUUUCAUGUACGAAACACAGGAGCUGAUAGCAGUGAUGAAAUCAUAUUUUGGCGGGCUACUGACUCUUGCUUGGAGUCCUGAUGCAAAACUGAUUGCUACUGGCGGUGAAGACGAUCUAUUGACGGUUUAUAGUGUUGUACAGAAGAAGGUCGUUUGUCGAGGACAAGCUCACAAAAGUUGGAUUAGUCAGGUGCAAUUUGAUCCGUAUGUUGUUAGAAGAUCGAAAAAAGACUCGGAGAGCAAUGGAAUCGCACCGACGACGACUCUAGAUGAUGUGAGUAGAGAAGUGACUAUGCGAAGUGGCCCCUCAAGUAGUGGAGAACCAAGUUAUGGAAUUCCGAAAGCAGUUUCCACGUUAUCGAAAAGUUCUCUCGCUUCUUCGAAUACGAUAAAUGGAACACAGAAAGGAGAUGAAAUUGUCUAUAGGAUUGGAAGUGUCGGCCAUGAUACAUUCCUCUGUUUAUGGGAUAUCACUAACGAUAUGCUGAAUCAAAGCAAUCAUCGACGUCAUCGCAAUUCAACAAUCAUCGCUCCUCCAAUUGGUUUAGAUUGUCCCAGCAAUCAGAUGAUGGGAAGGCUUGAGGAUUUACCGGAAAUUUCACCGGGCGGUGCAGGAGGAUCAUCUACAGCAUCUGAUUCUCAACAUAACACACUCACACAGAAUCAGUCCGCCCCACAGGAGAAACCGAAGAAGAAGAGGUUCAACAGAAAAGCAUUUGGACUUGCCAAGUUUACUUCCGGAGGUAGCUCGAAUGCUAGUUCAAGUGGACAAAGAACGAAUACGUUGAGUGGUGCAGGGACCAGUAGCGAUGGCACCAGAAGAAACACUCCUGGCAUCACUUCUCAAAUCAGUUGCUGUAAGGAGACUCGUCUCUUGGGUUCAACGUUUUGUCCUGGUAUUCGAGAUGUUCCUAUCAUUGAGCCUCUAACAUGCAAGAAAGUGUCUCAUGAUCGUCUGACUGUUCUGGAAUUCCGAAAAGAUUGUGUCGUCACCGCUUGCCAAGAAGGAUUCAUCUGUACUUGGAGUCGUCCGUCGGAUAAAGACGACAUGAAACAAGAAGGUGUCAAUUCUACAGCCGCUGCCACUCCAGAAUCAGAACAAAAACCAUCAGUUUCUGCGACGGCUUCAUCAUACGGUUAUGGUUCAGAAAUGUCGAAUGGAAUCCCUCCAUCUCGUUCGUCAAGUGCCUACAGUAAUCACGAAUUACAACAACUACGUUCGCCUAAUGCCACAUCGCCUUCGUAUAGAGUAGCGGCAGCAAGUACUUCCGCUUAUCAUCGUCCAACAAUGACUAUCGAGCAGAGUGAGAACGUGGAGGUUAGCAAGCAGGAGCUGCAAAUCUACGAUCGGCAAAUUCGCCUCUGGGGAAUGGAGGCACAGACAAAGCUGAGAAACUCCAAAGUCCUCGUCAUCGGAGGCUCACAACUUGGCGCCGAAGUUGCCAAGACACUUUCAUUGGCAGGAGUCGAUGAAAUGCAUUUAGUCGAUCACAGAUUCGUGGAAAACUCGGAAAUCGGUGCCAACUUCUUGUAUGAUGCUUCGAUUGAUAACACAAGACUGACGAAAUGGGUUGCUGCGAAAAACUUUCUGACGAAUCUUAAUCGCAAUGUGAAACUUUUCAUUGUUGAAGACGAUAUUCUAUCGAAGUCUGACGAUGAAAUCGAAUCUUAUGUUCGUGGUUUCACUAUAGUCAUUGUUCUCGAUGAGACUUACACCAGAACGGCAAAGUUGAAUGCAAUUUGUCACAAGCACCAGAUCCGCUUCGUUGCUGGAGCAAUCUACGGAUGGGUUGGAUACGCAUUCUUCGAUUUCGAUGGACACUCCUUUUUGACAAAAGUCGAGGAUCCAUCGUCGCAAGGGAUGACAACACUUGAUGAUGAUCACAAAAAUAAUUCGACCGCUGUGGUUACAGUAGAAGAUGAACAAUUCGAGCAGAAAACCUACUCGUACCCAACGUUUUCCGCCGCUUUCAACUCGGAUUUCUCCUCGAAAAAAGCAAUGAGAAAGUGCAAAAGAGUCAUUCCAACUUCCUAUUUCCUCGUUAAAACCAUGUUGCGAGCUUCCAUGGACACCAGUCUCACUGGAGAUAUCGAUAAAGAUAUUGAGACAUUGACACCGAUUUGGAAGGAAGAAGUGCUCGACGGAAAUCAUACUAUCGAGAUGCAGCCAGUGCAACCUGAUAAAUUCGAUCACCUCUACCCACCGGAGUUCAGCCCAACCUCAGCCUGCAUUGGAGGAAUUAUCGGACAAGAGGCUAUCAAGACAAUCACCGAGGGAAAACUGCCGAUUCGAAACAUUUUCAUUUACUCUGCUCUCGACUCCACCGGAAUCGCCUGCGAUUUCCCACUGUCAUAA